CCUCAGAACUAAAUAUUUGAAUAAAAGAUAUUUGUCAAAAAUCUGUAACGUGCUGACGACGUAUUCAAAACAAGUAUGCAUAUGUAAUUACAUACGUACAUAAAAUUAUAAUCAAUGUAAACUUACCAGACCAUAAUGAUUCGAUUGAGCGAUGAUGACUCAUCGAAGUACCUCUACAAUAUUUUACUGGCAAUUUUAUAUUUGCGUCUUUAUCUUAUAGUUUUUUUUUUCUACUUUUAAGCUACGAUUUGUCCCUUCCAUCAACCGAACAUACAAUCGUUCUGAUAUCAAUUUUAGUUGUGAUUCGAACAAUGCUGUGACAACAACGUGUCGCUUGCGUAAUUCUAGCAACAUUUAAAUCAACACGUGUUUAAAUAUUAGUUUUAAACUUUGAACUGAGCAAUGUAUUAAACAAUUUUGUUAUAAGACGCGGAGAAACCUUGAAUUGUAACAAGCAACACUGAUUUAAUGUAAGAAUGUGAUUGCGAGAAGUAUUCAAAGAACGAUGCCCAAAAUAACACCUUACAUGAAACAAUGUUUCGUAACAACGGCGAUAGGGUUCAACAUCAUUGGUCACGGAGCCGCCAGCGGAUUCCCUGCUAUCUUACUACCGCAGCUUCAUAAACCGGACUCAGGGUUUAAGCUUACACGAUCGCAGGACUCUUGGUUAGCGUCGACCGUCGGUUUGACCCUUUUACUGGGUAGUUUCUCAGCGGCUUCAGUAAUGGGCACCAAGGGUCGGAAGGCGGCCCACUACACGAUCAGCGUCCUGGGCAUUAUUGGUUGGGUGAUCACGAUUCUGGCAACUAGUUUUUGGCUAUUAAUCGUCGGUCGGAUAAUACUGGGAAUCUCAUUCGUUAUGAUGAUCCCGCUUCGCUCUGCACUGAUCGGUGAAUACACUAGCCCCAAGAGCAGAGGCGCGUUUCUGGCCACCGUUUCCCUAGCGCAAGGCUUCGGAAUCUUCUUUGUUCACCUCAUAGGAUCACUAAUCAGCUGGCAAAGAACAGCGCUUGUAUGUCUCUUCCUGCCAUUCAUAAGUCUGGUCAUGACUUUAUUCAGUCCAGAAUCUCCGAGCUGGCUGGCUUCUCAAGGGAGGUACGAGGAAUCCCGAGAAGCAUUCCGAUGGUUGAGGGGUGACCAAGAAGAAGACGAGCUUGAGAAGAUGAUUAGUGCUAGGAUCGCAUUCAAAGAGUCAAGACAAGGCAGAAAAAUCACUAUGUUCGGUACAAUAAAAAAGAAAGAGUUCUACAAGCCUAUAAUAUUGAUGUUCCACGCUUAUUCGCUGAGUCAGUCGUGCGGCUUGGUCACUAUGGCGGCCUUUUCGACAAUUAUAAUUAAGAACGUCAUGGGUGACGUGAAUGCAGACAUGUGGAUGGUAAUAUUCGACACAGAGAGAAUAUUGACCAAUACGCUGGCCGUGUUCAUUAUACACAAGUUUAAGAGGAGGACUAUGAUGUUCUCCGCCGGAGGACUGAGUCUUGCUAGUCACAUUGGUGUUAUAUUUUACGUAUACUUAAGAAAUAAUAACAGCCUUCCCGUAUCAGGGAUCUGGCUUCCUGCGCUGCUGUUGGCCUUGCAGUUCUUUGCAAUGUCGGUAGGAGUGACUCCCAUGCCAAGUGUAAUGGCCGGAGAGGUUUUCCCGUUGCAGUACAGGAGUCUAGCUGGGAGUAUUAGUUUAGUAUCGUUAUCGUCUACUAUGUUUCUGAUACUUAAAACUUUUACUGGCUUAAUCGAUUCCGUCGGUAUUGAAGGGACUUACGCGGUAUACUCGUUUUCUAUAGUGUAUUGUCUUCUCGUCAUGUGGUUUUUGAUGCCGGAGACGAAGGGCAGGACGCUACAGGAAAUCGAAGAUGGAUUCCGAGGGAAGCCAAUUGUAACACGUGAGCUUAUCGAAAAGAAAUCACUGAAGGAUGAUGAAACGGAAUUAGAAACGAAGAGUUUAACAUAAAAAAGAUCAAGAUAAAAUCUAGUUUAAUUAUUAGCGGCCUCGGAACCCGGUGAUUUGCGGCUCGUGCAAGAAGUCAUAAGAAGGAGAUUAUAACUCUAUGACUGCAGUUUAUUUGAUAGUUGAUGGUAAUCUGUUUUCACUCGUGCUCACUAGAAGCCCUUUAAAGUUUUGGUGACAUUAUAUUUUGUUUAAUUGUCUUGUCAUCUCUAUAUAUAAAAAUGAAUUGCUCUUCGUUAGUCUCGCUAAAACUCGAGAACGGCUGAACCGAUUUGGCUAAUUUUGAUCCUGAAUUAUUUGUGGAAGUCCAGAGAAGGUUUAAAAGGUAGAAAAAUAUGAAAAUGCUCGGAAUUAAAUAAAAAUAACAAUUUUGUUUUUCCUUUGAUGUCCCCCCCCGUCGGUCUUUUAUUUAUCGAUUGAGGCACUACGAAGUCUGCCGGGUCAGCUAGUUAAUAAUAAAAAGGCGAGGAUGAUGUCAUCUUGCAUAGAAUCGAACUCGCGGCUUGUAAUUUCAAAAUCACAUGAAAAAAAUCCUUCAAAUAUAUUAUUUACUCAACAGAUGACCGCAGAAUCCGUGUUUAUUAUUUCAUAGUUUUACGCAAGCGGUAGAGCUGGAAAAAGUCAAUGACCCGCUUAAUUAAGUUUAUAUACACAGUUUUUAAACAAUUAGGACUAUGUGUUGCCAUUCUGUGAAUGUUUUUACAAAUAGGAUAAUUUUUACUACAUUAAAUACGUUUUUUAGUAUGUGGCUUUAAAUUUUGGGCUGUGUUUAUAAAAUUACUUUUGUCUGUGGUAAAAUAGAUAUAUUAAUUUAUUUAUUUUGUAUAAUUACGAGUGAUGUUCCGGAUGAAGUAAUGAACUUGAGUUCUCAGAAUUAAAAUCUAGAGGUCACAAAAUAUUUUUCUGUACCCGCCAGUACCUAGUAUGUACGGUGAUAUUGUGGGAUGAUAUAUCCUUAUAUUUCUGCCUACCCAUAGCCCUUGUAUUCUUCUCGAGAAUUUAAACUGUUUCGUAAAAAUCAGUUUAAUUUUUUGUUGAUUAUUAAUACUUAAUAAAUUUGAUUAUUAAUAUCGCCAUAUCACUUCUAAUAUUUUGUAAAAAAUCUUAAACUGUCGAUAACUUUUAUAAAAUCUGAAUUUAAUGUAACGCAGCAACAGUAUGAGUUUAUGACAUAACAGUGACAGACAGAAAAUUAUUUAAAAAAUCAUUGGUUUAUAUCACUGAAGUAUGAAACCUAUUUAUAUUCAAAUACCCUUCUGUAAUUGAAUUACCUUUUAAACCUCCAUUUUUUCAAUGUAAUAAAGAAAUACACCGGAUUCUACAACGUUAUUACAUGUGCGUAUUUUGAGAAUUGCAAUCGCAUUCAAUGUAGUUUCAUUCAAAGUUUGGCAGAGUAUAAUUUGCGCGUAACUGAAAAAAAUACGCCUUAUUCCCUAUUACGGAACUAGUACGUAUCCUAUUAUCAUCGUCUGUGGUCGAAAUUCUAGCAAUUUAUUAGAAUAAAAAAGACUUGUUUUAUUAUUGUUGAUAUUCUAUUUAUUUUGUUAAAUAAAUAAUAAUUUAUUGGUUA